CUCUCUCUCUCUCCGGCCUUUUUUAACCAACGACUGACUAGGAAUGUUGAAGAGAGAGAGAGAGAUGCUGAGGUCUAUAAAUUCCAACCUCCUAUUUCAUGUUUCCCAAACAACAAAAAAACAGCAAUCCAACAUUAGAAAGAAGAUGUCUAGAGCAGAUCAGAGCCCUUGUUUUGAAAGGCCCAGGAAUGUGGUGAAGAGGGUCUUAGCCAAGCCUCAGCAUGAAGGAGAAGGAGCUGUUGUUAGAAGAAGCAUUGGAAGGAUGGAAUUGAAGCAAUUGGAUCCUUUUCUCAUGUUGGAUGAAUUCUCAGUGUCUGCUCCUGCUGGAUUUCCUGACCACCCACAUAGAGGUUUCGAGACGGUUACAUACAUGUUGCAGGGAGCUUUCACUCAUCAAGACUUCGCCGGCCACAAAGGCACCAUCAGAACUGGUGAUUUGCAGUGGAUGACUGCUGGUAGAGGGAUAAUUCACUCAGAGAUGCCUGCAGGAGAAGGAAUUCAAAGGGGUUUGCAGCUGUGGAUCAAUCUCUCUUCCAAAGACAAAAUGAUCGAGCCUCGAUAUCAAGAAUUGCAAAGUGAGGACAUCACUCGGGUGGAGAAGGAUGGUGUAGAUGUCCGAAUUAUAGCAGGAGAGGCGAUGGGAGCUCGGUCUCCUGUCUAUACCAGGACACCGACAAUGUUCCUGGACUUCACACUAAAACCAGGAGCCCAAUUGCACCAACACAUCCCCGAUGCGUGGAACUCAUUUGUGUAUGUAAUUGAAGGGGAGGCCAUUUUCGGCAACUCAAGCUCAUCGCCCGCUGCAGCCCACUACGUCCUGGUCUUAAGCCUGGGAGAUGGGCUCAGUGUGUGGAACAAAUCAGGCAGGCCUGUGAGAUUCGUUCUCAUCGGCGGGCAGCCUCUCAACGAACCAGUCGUUCAGUAUGGCCCGUUCGUGAUGAACACGCAGGCAGAGAUUGACCAGACAAUCGAGGACUAUCAGUUCAGUAGGAAUGGAUUUGAAAAGGCCAAGCACUGGAAAUCUCAUCCUUGAAAAAGGAUGCUCAAAUGGGUGUGAAUCUAACAAUCCAAUUUGGGAAGAAGAGCAUAAGAAAGCAAGAAAUAAAAACACCAUCAUAUAUCAGGUGGAAGAAAAGAGAGCCCAAGAAUCAUGGGAUUUGAAAUAUGCUUCUAGAAGGUUGAGAUGAAGAUGAUAAUGGUGAGGUAGUAGGUGGGCCACUAAAGUUAGUAGUCAAGAUCAAAAGGGGUUUUCUUCCUUUCAACUAGAAGUCAUCUUCUUUUCACAUUCCAUCAUUCGGGGGCUGAUUUUUUCAUUUUUUUUCAAAAAGUUUUUUUUGGGUCUUGGUGGGAGUGGUGGAGUGGAUCUUUUGAGAGUUGGGUGUUGAGUAUCAUUUAGAUAUCUGCAGCUGCCAAUGAAAGAGUGGUGGAAUAGCUGUGACCAUUGAGUGGGAUGGUUGGGUGAGGUGGCAGACUUUCAUUGGAUCUUCUCACUGAGGGAAGGAUCUUGUGGGAUUUGGCCAAGGAUGAUGUAUGAUUGCUUCAUCAAUGCAUUGAACCAAGGUCAAAAGUUGUGAAAAUGAGAGUUUUAAUGGGGGAGGAUUAUCAUUAUUAUACCUUCAAUGUGAAAACUCAACUUUUCCUUUCAUAGUAAAAGAAGAUUUUCUAUCUGCA